CAAAUCGGUUCAAUCGCUGAAAAUCGGUUCCAAAUUGAACACCUCGCUCGGACCGCGUCGUCAUUUUUUUUCCUGUGCGCUUCUCGUUCUGGUUCUGUUCUGUCCUGGCAGCCAAACAAAACGAAACCGAAACUGAAACCGAGGCGAACCACAACAAAAUCAGCUCAGGAUCACGGGAAGCAUCAGAGUGCGGACAAUGUGCGUGAAGUGGGUGACGCGAGCGGCGUCGACGUCGACGACGGAGAGCGGUUAGUGGAUGGUGGAACGAUUGCGAACGGACGCAGACCGAAACAAAAGUGAAAACGUGCAAAACAAAAAAAAAAGCGAAUAGCGAUAUACAAAAGCGACAAAAUGUGCGACGCUGCGGCGGCUACAACUACUACAACAUCAGUGGAGGCCACAGCGACGCCUGGAACGGGACUGGUCACGGGAACGCCAGCGGGAAUGGGAACCACAACGGGGACGGGAAUGGGAACCACUUCCCCAGAAGCUACUGCCGCUAUACCAACAACAAAAGGCGAGCGGUCGGCGCGACAAAACUGCUGUCGCCUAUGCGUCGCCCCGCAAACCGAAUGCAUCUCGAUCAUUAAUAGCUAUGCGGCGGAUAAGGAACCGCUGUCCACCAAGAUCCACAACUGCGUCAGCAUCAAGAUUACACCUCAGGAUCGACUGUCGCUGCAAAUCUGCCACGCCUGCAUCAGCUACCUGAACUCAUGGCAGAGCUUCAAGAACCGCUGCUACAGCUCGCAGACGAAGCAGCGCCAGUGGCUGGAGGCCAACAAGAGCAAGCUCUUCAACUACCUGGACCUGAACAGUGCGGAGAAUGGAGGGGCCUCCUUUGAUCACCAGCAGCAGCAGCAGCAGCAUCAGCAGCAGCAGCAACAACAGCAAUCGGAGAGUGAACUUGAGGCGGAGAAGGCGACACCAACGGCCGCAGCGACGGCAGCCAACAUUUUGGAUGGCAUACACUCGCUGAAGAAACGCAAAUCCCUAACAGUCUAUCCACUGCCUGCGAUUCCCAUCAAAGAUGAGCCCAUUGACACGGAUGACGACUACCAGAUGAAGUCAAUAGACGAGUCCGAUGACAUGGUCGAUCCCACAAUGUUCCUAGAGCGCUCCGAACACGAGGGCGAUGUGCCGUUGACGACCUCGGACUACGACUAUACGGCGCAACAUGGCGUGAAUGCCUCGUCCGUGGCCGCCUCGCUGCCGCCGAAUGCGGUGGCCAAUGUGGCAGCCGCCGGGGACUCCAAGGUGGCCAGUUGCCGCGCCUGCAGCCUGCAGUUCUCCACACGGGCCAAUGCCCGUCGCCACGAACGGAACCUACACCCGAACCUGUUCCAAUUGUCCACGGACUCGCCCCACAACACGCCCAUUACGAAGCCAACGCCCGCAUUGGCUGCCGCCUUGGAAAUCCAACGGGCGGCUGCUGCGGCGGCCACAGCGGAGGCAAAUCGAGCCGCUGGUGCCGCUGGCGGGAAUAUCUCUACGCAAAAGUACCGCCAGGUGGUGAUGAACGCCUUCAUCAAGUGCGAGGGCGGCGGCUACGACUACGACAAUCCCGAGCAAUACCGACCGCUGCUCACCCGCGACAAGGUGGAGUUCAUCGAGCAGAACGACGAGUUCCUCGAGCAGUACCAGACGAUGACCUGCCGCUGCUGCAGCAAGUACUUUAGCACGUACAAGAACUUCAUGGCGCACGUGCGCAAGAAGUAUCCGAUGCUGCCGCGCAACCUGUGCUUCAACUGCCUCAAGAUGAACGACUCCAAGGCGCUGUUCAUCUCGCAUCUGAAGAAACGGAAUUGCAUUAAUCUCUUUAGGGUUUUGAAUGCUCUGCGUGGCAAGUCAACAACAACAACAACAACGGCAACAACAACAACGGCAAUGAUUGCCACUGGACUGCUGGAUGUGCCGACCAGCGAUGAUGCGGAGGGAGGAGUAGGAGUAGGAGUAGGAGCGGUGAUUGCCGAUGUCGAUGCCGAUGCUGAUGCCGGGACAGAAGUGGUGACCAUGUGCAGUCCCACAGUGACGAUCGCCGGCGCAGCAGAGGUAGGCGGCACACCCAUCGGCAGUUCCGAACGGCCAGAGAAGCUGCGCGCCAAGGAGCUGCUGGUGAACAAACUGUACGAGUGCAAGCUCUGUCCCAAGGGUUUCCGCACCAAGCACGAGUUCCGAACGCACGUCUACGACAAGCAUGCCGAUGUGCAGCGCAAGGACAACAACUCGAUACAGUGCAGCUUCUGCGGCCUGGACUUUGCCGAUCCGGUGGACAGGCGGCGGCACUACAACAACAUGGACUGCAUUGUCCGGCUGCGCUGCAUGACGUGCGACGCCAAGCUGGAGACGCACCAGCGGUUCCUCGACCACGUCUACCAGGAUCAUCUCGGCGGCGUGGGUGGCGGCGGCGGCGGCGGUGGGGCGAGCAGUGACAACGCCUCCACCACGGGCAGCGGCAUGGCACGGAGCAACAGCAUGGAGCACUCGCCGGGCAAGCGGAGUCUGCUGGGCGCCUUGGGCAUUGGGGUCGGCUCCUCGGCGGAUGAGUCGCGUAGCAGCAGUGCGGCACCACCGCUCACAUCCACACCAAAGCUGGCUGCCCAAGUGGGUGCCUCAGCCUCUGCCUCCGCGUCUGCAUCCGCCUCCGCUCAGAGCUCGGCAAAUCGAGAUGGGAGCGCACCCAAGUCACAGUACUUCUCCAGAAUGCCGCAGGUGUGUCCCAUUUGCGGCCAGCAGUACAACAACUACAACAAUGUGCUGCGCCACAUGGAAUCGAAGCAUCCGAACAAGCUGCCCGAGACAUACAAGUGUGUGCGAUGCGGCCUGGGCUAUCCACGGAUCUCCUACCUGCGGGAGCACAUGAUCAAUGUGCAUGGCGUGGACAAGAACCGGCAUUCCGGCGGCUUUGAGUACAUCGUGAAUGCGGAUGCCGUCAAGUUGGCGGACGGAAGCACGCCGAACGUGUACACCGGUCGCUACGACUACGUGAUGAAGGACCUGAUGUCGAUAACAAAUGGUGGGACACUCGAUGACGAGGAGGAGGAGCCGGGCAGCGUGGCCAAGAAGAUGCGCCUGGACGACAGCAGCAACAACAGCAGCCUGGUGGGCGUGGCCAGCCAGCAAAAGGAGUGCCCCAUCUGCAAUGCGGUGUUCAGCAACAACAUUGGCCUGUCCAAUCACAUGCGCUCCCACUACACGGCCUCGAAUGCGGUGAAUGCGGCUCUAGCGGCCGCCAAUCGGAUGACGCCGAAAUCACUGACGAUAACCGCCACACCGGCGGCCGACACGGAGAUGGAAAUUUUGGCUGCGGCGGCAGCAGCAUCAUCGGUAUCGGUGGCCCCAGCCACACCGGCCAAUGUGCCGCCGGCAAUGGCCAACCAAACGCCCCAGGAGCAGGCCGUUUUCCGGCGUAGUCUCGACCAGGCGGCCGAUCGUCGCUUCCGGCGAAUGCGUUGCCGCAUCUGCCAGCGGCGCUUCAGCUCGAAGAAGUCCUAUCGCUACCACAUGCUCACCGACCAUCAGGUGCAGAAUGUGCAGUUCAUCAAGUGCAAGCUGUGCAACGCCGAGUUUGCCUACGAGAAGGGUCUGAAGGUGCAUCUGUUCAAGGUGCACGGCCGGGCGAUCAAGGACGAGAUGAUUAUCAAGCAAUUUGAGUGCGAGGUCUGCUCCAUUGUCUACAGUUCGGAGCUGGAGCUGCAGCAGCACAAGCGCAGUGUCCACAAGCUGACUUCCGUAUCGGCCUCGGCAUCCACUUCGGUGUCGGCGUCCUCGAAGAUUGACGAUGACUCGCUGAUGGAGGAGGCCAAGCCAACGGCAGCGGAGUUGGCUAAUCUUUCCGCCCUGGCGGCUGGUGCAUCCGCCAAUGCAUCUGCUGCAGGUCAGGGACUCCUGGGUACUCCGCUGUACUGGUACCAGUGCAAGUACUGUCCCUCCAACUUCAACACCAACAAGAAGCUGGCCAUCCACAUCAACUCGCACGACGAGUUCGACUCGAACGAUUACUCCUGCAAAGAUUGCGGCAAUGUCUACAGCGGACGCAAGAGUCUAUGGGUGCAUCGCUACAAGAAGCACCCGCAAGUACCCGAUCCAGCAGAAUGCUCGCUGUGCCGUAAGGUCUUCUUCGACCGCCAGAUGCAUGACAACCACACGCCCACCUGCAACCGCAAGCCAAUCACCUCGACCGGCGCCCACCAGCAGCAGGAGACGCAGCUGCAGCAGCAGCAACAGCAGCAGCAGCAGCAUCAGGCAUCGCUACAGCCAGGCAGACGAACCAUCUUCCGGCACAAGACUGGCGAUGAUGAGGACGAGGAGGAGGAGCUGGAUGAACAGCAGCUGGAGGACAGGGCGAACAGCGAUGGUAACGGGACGACGGUGGCUUCGGGAAGUGCCGCAACGGUGGCGGCAGCAGUGGUGGCCACAUCGCUUAAGAUACGCAUUCCGGAGGUGGCCUGCACCAUUUGCGGGGCGCGCUUCACCGACCAGGAGCACUUCAGCAAGCACAUCCAGAAGCACGAGCAGGAGCUGUAUGUGGACAAUCCGCUGGCGGCGAUGUUCGACGAUGGGCCGGCGGAUGUCGGCCAGUUCCAGGUGGAGCGGCAGAACGAGAACGGGGAAUAUGCGUGCGAUUUGUGCGCCAAGACGUUCCCGCAGGUGAUCGCACUCAAGGUGCAUCGCAAGUGGCAUUUCAGAGGUGAUAGCAAGCAGAACCCCAUCGACGGCGAAGCGACACAGUUGACCAACAACAAUCACACCACCAACAACAACAACAACAACUCGAUGUUGCACCUCCGCGAAUUGCAUGCGGUGGGUCUGAUGCCCAACCAACAACAGCAGCAGCAGCAACAGAGCCUCAACAACUCGUGCAACAGCAGCAGCAUGAACAACCACAACAACAACAACAACAGCAGCAGCAGCAGCAACAACCGCAGCAAGUCGAUGAAGCGGAAACGUGAGCUUAAAUGCGAAUACUGCGCCUCCACCUUCAUCAGCAACAACAAUCUGCGUCGCCACAUGUACGAGCUGCACAAGCACGAAGUGAGCAAUCUGCCGGAGCCGCCGGUGAUUGUGGUGGACGAUUACCUCACCUGCCGCCGCUGCCAACUGAAGUUCGAGACCAAGGAGCUGUGGAUCGAGCACAAGCUGGCCGAUGCGAAGGUGGUGCGACCCUUCUGCCCCUUCCAAUGGGGCUGCGACCUGUGCGGCGAGUAUCUGUCGCGCAAGGAGAAGCUGAUGAACCACAUCAACAACCAUCUCAAGGAGGAGGUCAUAGUGCCGGUGGCCACCAAGGCGGCCAUCGAGAGGACGGCGGCGGCCGAGGGAGCGACGGCGGCGGCAGCAGCAAAUGCAACAGCAGCAACAGCAGCAACAGCAACGCCACCAUUAACAUCAGCAGGUGAUGCGAUGAAUACCGAAGAGCAAUCUCUGGACAAUGGUCAGGUGGCAACAGCAGCAGCAGCAGCAACAGCAAUGGCAGCGGUAACAACAUCAUCAGUGAAGUUGGAGGAGGGUCGCGAGGAAGAAGAUAGCGAUGACCUGGACGAGGAGGACAGCUCGGGCGAAGAGGAGGAAAGUUCGGGCACAGGUGACGAUGAGGACGACGACACCGACGAUGAGGAUGGCGAGGGAGAAGAUGAGGAUGACGAAGGCGAUGGGGGUGAGGGCGAGGACGAGGAGGGUGUACAGCCACCGGGUCAACUGUUGCCACAGAAGCAACACAAGACGGCCAAUCUUAACCAGGACGACGAUGAUCUCGUCGAGGAGGUCAUCAGUUCGGAUGACGACGAAGGCGAGGAUGAUGGCGAGGUGGAAAGCGACGACGACGAUGAUGAGGAGGAUGACGACGACGAUGAGGAGGAGGAGGACGACGACGAUGUGGAGGAGCCGGAGCCAGUGGCAUUGCCGGUGAGGCCGCUAAUGAACGGCAAGUCCAAGAUGCCGCCACUGAUCGUGGCCAGUUCGGACGAUGAGGAUGACGACGGUGUGUUGCCCAUAGAGGACAUCAUUGAGGAGGAGUUCGAUGAGGAUGCCGAUCCGGAUCCGGAUCCUGAUGCGGAGGAGGAUGCCAUCGAGGAGGUGGACGACGAUGAUUUAGAUGAGGGGGAUGUGGAGGACGAGCCGAAUGUGGUGUCGACGGCCUCCUCGUCGGAGAGCGAGUCCACCACAACGACCACGUCCAAUUCGCAUUCUCAUUCAACGGGUGAGCGGCGUAAGAAGGCCGACGAUCAGUUGAAUGAUCCCGGCUUUACCUGUGAUCUAUGUCAACUUUGUUUCGAUUCUCAGGAGCUUCUCCAGAGCCACAUCAAAAGCCAUUUCCUCAAUGGGCCAAAGCUCUCGACAGCGGCUGCGGCAGUAGCAACAAAGCCAACAGCAGCAGCAGCAACAGCAACACCAAGCGGCGUGGCAGCAACAUCGGUGGCAACAGCAACAUUAGCAACGGCAGCAAAGACGAAGCCUGACUCCAAGUCAGCGGUGCUGGCCAUCAAUAACAACAACAAGAGUAAGACUGUUGCUGCCACGGCGGUGAAAAGUGCAACAACUGCAAAAACUGCAACAGCUGCAACAAAUUGAGUAAUCAUCCAAUCGACAUUGACAUUGACAUCGACAUCGCCAUCGACACACCACCACCACCACCACCUCCAUCAUCUCAAUCCAAACUCACUUGAAAUGUACAAAGCCAAUCCACUCAAACACCGCCAUCAUCACCAUCAUCAUUAUCAUCAUCAUACCAUCAGAAUCGUUCAAACAAUGAAAACAACAUCAGCAUGAACACAUGAACAUCAGCAACGCAUUCCAUCAACAAAUCAGCCAAGUUUAUGUAUAGAACGAGAUGCGUGUGUGUGCGUGUGUGUUAUAUAAUCAUUUUUUUUUUCUUGCUUCUAGUCUUAAGAACUUAACUAACAUAUAUGUACAUCAUAUAUAGAAUAUAUAUAUAUAUACAUAUAUUAACUAAGACUUUUUUUUUAAAUGUUAACCUAGUUUGUACCGCGCACACACCCACACACAAAGCAAAAACAGGGGUUUAUAAGCACCCUUUUACGGCUAAGUUUCGCUUAGAAAAAAACUAUAUAUAAACAUACAUUGAUAUGGUAGGCUUAAGCAAAUAGGAAAGUACGUCUUAAUAUAUUACACGACAAUUUUCAAGCAAAAGUUUACGACGCACCAAAGCAAGCGACAGAAAACGCAAGGGAAACCGCUCAGUUAGAGUUAGAAAUAACCAUCAGGAUUUUCAAAGUAUUUCACAAAACGUGCAUGACACUCUCAAAUACACACACACACACACAAAGCGAUAGAUGUUUAGACUUUAUUUUUGUUGUAUUAAGCCUUGGUCUUCACAAAAUUCUAAACACAGUAUCAAACUUCAUUUUGAUAGAACACCAAUCCCCAAAACUUGAAGAUUAGAAAUCUUGAAACCGAAAGCUUCAUUUUUUCUUAUAUGUUUGGAAUUCUUAAAGUAAAUUUGAGGUAACGCAAAUGCGUCAAACAAGCAAAACUGUUAAAGAAAUCCAAACUGUACACUUGCACGAACAAAAUAUUUUGAAAAUUGCCUAAAAAAGAACAACAGCCGAUUUUAUGUUGAAUUAUAAUUAUAAACAUUUAGCUGCAGACUACAUUUCUGGUUAUUUUCGAGACGGUCGGCCUUGUGUCGAAAAAACGCGAAAAGGUUAAACCUGGCUUAAAUCUCGGCCUUAUAAUGAAUUUACAUGAAAUUAAUUUGCGUUCCAACUAUGUUUCUCUUUUUGAUCGAGCUUUAAGUUUGCAUGACUCAACAUAAAAAUCAAUUAAAUUAUAAAAUUAAAUUCUUUUCCCAAAAGAAAACAAUAUUUUAAUAGGAAAAUAAUGUUUGGUUUACAUGUCAGUCCCAAUAAUCAAUUUAUUUCUUUUUUAGUUAUUUUUCGACUUUUGGUUUGCCCUCUAAUACGUUUCCAAAAUAAAGAAUCCAAUUUUAUACUACUGAAAGCAAAACCUGCAGCAUCAAAUUCCAACUCCUAUUCAUGAGUAAGAAAUAUCAUUGAAAAAUUCUUAACGAAUUCCUUUUUGUAGAGGAAUAAAAGAAAAAAAGGGAUUGUGUGUUGCCAAAUGUUACAACAAAUAAAAUACUCAUUUUGAAUUUAUUCACAUUUAGUUUCGACCCAUCGUUUUUUAUAUAAACAGACAGUUCCUUGGAUAGUUAUUUUUGAAAUUGAGUGAAGUGCUAAAUAUAUAACCAACGAAUCUGUAAUCGGCCCUGACUUCUCAUCUGAACUUAACUUAAUGGGCCAGGAAGACCAAGGUCAAUAGAGGAUCCAUACUUAGACACGUAUUUAUAUAGAUUGAGAUUCAUUCAUAUAGCUAAUAUAACGAUUUACACAUAAUCUGUACAUUAGUUGUAUUUCACACUUGUAUCUUACACCCACACGUAUGCGCACACAACUUCAACAUAUAUAGACACAACUGAUAACGGCGGCAUUAUAUGUAAAACUAGCUUAAGCGACAUCUAAAAUGUAACUGGAAAUGUAGUCUAAAACGUACAAAAUAAAUUAAAACAAAUGCAGAAUCAUA